CAAGAAGUUCUGCAAAAUAUUAGAGGCUUGAUAUCGAAGAAAUUAUAAGAAAAAUCAGAUGAACGAUGAAGCGAAAAACAGUCUUCCUUUUUCUUUUCCUUUACCUUCAGUUCUUAUCAAGUGUAUACAUAGAAGUUGCAGCCAAGAAUAUGCACCAUCCUAUAACACCUCAAGAUUAUGAGAGCAACAGAAUGAUUACCACACAUAUGAGAAGAGGCGGUGGUGGUGGUCACGGCGGUGGAGGUAGUCACGGAGGUAGUGGCAGUCGCGGUGGUAGCAGCAGUAGAGGUGGUGGUAGAAAUCGUGGUACCGGUAGUACCAUUGUGCCUCGUGGGGGUAUUUAUCCCUAUCCCUACUAUGGCAGUACCAGUAACGGAAAACAUAACAACAACAGCAGCAACAGUUGUGGGGGCAUCAUGAGCAACCACCACAAGGGUGCUGCAUUCGCGAUAAUGGUAGCUUUAACUGCAUUGUAAUACUUAAAUUGGUACUGAUUUGUUAAAGUUUUUUAACAACCGGGAUUAGUUGUAACUAUUUGUAAUCUCGGAUGUGUCUCUGUAUGUUUUGGCCGACUUGAAUA